AUUUGACUGACGAAGGGUUUGUUUUGGUCCGUUAAGCGUGAGAGGUGUAUGAAACGGCGCAACACGUUCAAAAGUGUUUUAAAGUUGUGUCCCAAAAACAUUGCAGUAUUUCCGACAGCAUUUUGCGUUGGUCAUUUUGCACGUAGUAUUGUAGCCUAUUGUUUUAUCUUAUAGUACUGAUAGAUUUCUAGUAAAUAGCGACAAAAUGUAUUUUUACGUGCAGACCGCAUCCACACAUGAGGACCGGGGUGAUUUAUUUGUCCAUUUAUUCUGUUUACUAUCUUAAGUGUGUGACAAAGAAAACUUUCCAGGCAAGCAGCAGCUACUGUUGUAAAUAUGGAGUUUAUUAAAGUGGAGAUUGUAGACACGACUGAUCCAGAACCGUGUAAAGUGAAAGAUGAAGACACUGAGGAACAGAGAGAUCAGAUGGAGGUGAAAGAGGAAAGUGAAGAACCGAGUGACAUCAAGGAGAACCACUAUAUUGAAACGUCUGAAGAUUUUAAAGUUGGAGAAGAAUCUUUAGCCGACAACGAUUUCUCACAAACAACGGGAGCCAAAAAUACGUUCUCCUGCCCUCAGUGUGAAAAGACCUUCACGCAUAAAGGAAACCUUAGGGAUCACAUAAAAAUUCACAUCGGAGAGAAGCCUUACGUAUGCCGUCUGUGUGGAAAAAGUUUCAUUCACAAAGGACACCUUAAUGAUCACAUGAGGAUUCACACGGGAGAGAAGCCGUACGCGUGCCAUCUGUGUGGAAAGAGCUUCACGUGUAAGGGAAGCCUUAAUGGUCACAUGAGAAUUCACACCGGAGAGAAACCGUUUAGAUGCCACCUGUGCGGAAAGAAUUUUACGUGUAAAGGAAGCCUUACGUGUCAUGUGCGGAUUCACACCGGAGAGAAGCCGUUUACGUGCCCUCAGUGUGAAAAGAGUUUCUCACAUAAAGGAAGCCUUAAGUGUCACAUGAGAAUCCACAUUGAAGAAGGGCCUUUUGCGUGCAAUCAGUGCGGGAAGAAUUUCACGCAGAAAGAGUACCUUAAAAAUCACAUACGAAUUCACACCGGGGGCAAGCCUUUCACGUGCCACCUGUGUGGAAAGGGUUUAACUUGUAAAGGAAGCCUCAAGUGUCACAUGAGAAUUCACACUGGAGAAAAGCCGUUCACGUGCCUCCAGUGCGGAAAGAGCUUCACAAAUAAAGGAAACCUUAAGAUUCAUGCGAGAAUUCACACCGAAGAGAGCCCACUGACUUGCCUUGAGUGUGGAAAGUGUUUCACGCAUAAAGAAAACCUUAAGUGUCACAUGAGAGUCCACACCGGAGAGAAGCCGUUCACGUGUCAUCAGUGCGGAAAGAGUUUCGCUCGUAAAGUAAUCCUUCAGAAUCACAUAAAAACUCACUCUGGAGAAAAACCUUACACGUGCAACCAGUGCGGAAAGAGCUUCACAGACAAAGGAUACAUAAAGCGUCACAUGCGAAGUCACACCGGAGAGAAGCCGUUCACAUGCCCUCAAUGUGGAAAGAGUUUCACGCACAAAGGAAACCUUAAAAUUCACAUCAGAAUUCACACUGGAGAGAAACCCUCCAAGUGCCCUCAAUGCGGAAAGAGCUUCACACAUAAAGGCCAGCUUAAAGACCACAUGAGAAUUCACACCGGAGAAAAGCCCUACACGUGCCCUCAGUGCGGAAAGAGUUUCAAAUGUAAAGGACACCUUAAGACUCACAUAAGAACUCACACCGGAGAGAAGCCUUACGCGUGCCGCGAGUGCGGCAAGAGCUUCACCGUUCAAAGAAGCCUAAACAUGCACAUGAAAUAUCACUCUGGAGAGAAAUUACAUGAGUGCUCGGAGUGCGGUAAGAGGUUUGCAGAGAGCAACACGUUCAAAACGCAUUUGCUCAUUCACUCUGGAGAACGGCCGUUUAGUUGCGAUCAGUGUGGGAAAAAGUUUAUUCUGGCGGCACGAUUAAAAGCACACCUAAAGCUUCAUACGGACGAGAGACCCUAUUUAUGUUCUUUGUGCGGAGAGAGUUUCAAACUGCUUGGCAGCUUAAAAUCACACCAGAAAAUACACGCUAGUGAGAAAUCGCACGUGUGCCCUGAGUGCGGUAAGGCUUUUACCAGAGCGAGCUACUUAAAACGCCACCAGCGCACACACGCUGGAGAAACCCCUGGGAGGGGAUCAUUAGUUCAAGAGCCCUAAAAACACAAAAGUGCAUCCUGGAGAGAAGCCAUGCCGCUGACAGUCACGUGGGAGGAUUUUCAGUACAUCUCUGUGAUGGACUGGCGUUCGCCCUGAGACCAGACUCUGUGACCCUACAUAGGACAGCCGCUUUGGAAAAUGAAUUUAUCUACUGGCUCAUUUAAGAAAACACUGUUCAGAGUAGAACAACACUAAGUUUGUCUUUGGUAAUAAGUAAAUAAUGUGGUGUUCAGAUGUAGCCAAAAGUAGAAUUCCUUCUAAAAGGGGUUAUGGUGACAUAAAAAUGUAAGGCAAGUCAAAAUACUAAGCAUUCCAUGUAUGCCACUAAGACAGUACAGUUUGACUAAAGACAGACAUAUUGUGAUUUUGACACGUGAUCAAUAUUUAACAUUCCAUAUCGUUGGUGCUUCAGUAAAAUAUGACAAAGAACAAAGAGCAGAAAAAACAGAGAGAACCCAGUUGUCAUGUUCAAAAAUACAAAAACUGACAAGCAAUUCUUGUUGACGUUCAUAAUUAAAGGAUUAGUUCAGUUCCAGAACAAAAGUUUACAGAUAAUUUACUCGCCCCCUUGUUUUCCAAAAUGUGUCUUUCUUUCUUCAGUCGUAAAUAAAUUGUGUUUUGUGGAGAACAUGUUAGGAUUUCUCUCCAUAUAGUGGAAUUCUGUGGUGCCCGCGAGGUUUGACUUUGAACUUUCA